AUGUUCUACGCCUGUCGCGUGAAGACGGCGGAAUCGACGGAUCUCGUGACGCCGCUUCGUGCGUACGUGGCGUCGACGCUGAGCGAGGGUGAUGCGGCGGCGUGCGGGGAUGAUUUCGGGGAGGCGCAGCGCCUGCGGGACGGCGCGGCGGCGCGGGCGGAGGACGCGGGAUCGAGCUCGGGGAGUUGGGCGGACGCGCGAGAAGCGCUGCGUGAGUACUACAGGGGAUUGUGCGCGAUUGAGUCGAGGAUACCGAUAUCGAGCGCGAGCGAACACGCUCGGGUGGAGUUUUCGUGGCGCGACGCGGGUCGCGGUCCGAGAGCGUCUCCGAAAGCGGUCGCCGUCCCGAACGUGCAGUACGAGAAGUGCGCGGUGUUGUAUAACUACGCGGUGACGUUUUCGAGGGAAGGAGCGAAGUUUGGAUCCGAUGAGGGCGAUGCGGAGGGGGUGAAGCGGGCGGCGGCGGCGUUUCAAUCCGCCGCCGGGGCGUUUGCGUUUCUCGCCGACGUGAGCGAGCGUAAGCUCGGGGGGGGCGUCGCGACGCCGAGCGCCGAUCUCGGUCGCGAAUACUGUGACGUCAUGAUCAAACUUCAUCUCGCGCAGGCGCAGGAGUGCUUCUAUCUCAAGGCGAAGGCCAUGAAUAGCAGUGGGUCAGUCGUGUGUAAGCUCGCAGAGCAGGCGCGCUCGUAUUACGACGAGGCUGAGCGAGCGUCUUCGAAACUGAUCGGCUACGUGGACGACGCUUUAGUGAACUACGUCAAACUGAAGCGAGCGUAUCUCAGCGCCAUCGCAUUCAGACUGAGCGCCAAUGUCAUUCUCGCCGUCGAUGAGACGGACGUUGGCCCGGCGAUCGCUCGCCUGCGACAAGCCAAGGACGCGCUCUCCAUGGCGAUUAAACAGUCCGCGGUCGUCUCGAGUGACAGCGGUCUCGAGAGGGUUAAGCACCUCCUCAACGAAGAGAUCACACCCGAGCUCGCUAACCUGGAGGAAGAUAACGAGUGCGUGUACAUGACUCGCGUGCCAAAGGCGGAGGAUUUACCCGCGCUCACGGGGACGAGUCUCGUCAAGACGGUGGCGCCGCCCGCGGAACACUUCUCUCCGGUCGGCAUGACGCUGUUCUCCAGCAUCGUCCCUGACAGUGGUGCCAAGGCAUUGAGUCGAUACACGGAGAUGGUGGAUGAGUUGACUCGAAAUGAGACGGAUCUUCUCGCGGUGGCGAGCGACGAGGCGCGGCUCGCUCUGCGCGAGAUGGAACUUCCCGAGACGCUCGUCGCGUUGUCCACGCCCGCCCCUCUCGGAGGCGAUUUAGAGGAGCGAGUCGCCGCGUUUCGGUCAUCGGGCGGUGCCCGCGCGUUGACGGCUAGUCUGAAUCGCGUCGAUGAGCUCAGUCGCCAGUGCGCAAGCACUGUCAAGAUGAUUCGCGAAAUACUUGAGACGGAAGCCGCGGAAGAUUCCGCAGCGCGCACCGUACACGGAGAAGGAGCAUGGCGCCGAGAAUCGUCAUCUGCGAAGAACAGAGAGAUGAUGCAAGCGCUGAAACGCUUCGAAGUCGACCUAGAGAUCGCGACAAAGAGUGAUGAGCAACUGAAAUCGCGCGUGGAAGGCGCGGAUGGCGUGCUGGAACAGCUCACCGAAGAAAACAUGAAAAACAACGCACCGUUGUUGACGCAGCCGCUCGCGCUGAUCGAGGAGGAUGCUUCCGUGGCGGUGAACAUUCAGUCGACUCUCGAAGAGAUUGAAAAGAUCGGUAACGAGCGAGCCGGGAUAGAAGAUUUGAUGCGAAAGACCAAGGCUGAAGAUAACAUCCUCGCUAAGCUCAUGGCGCGCGUGGGCGAAAGCUUGGACGCUCUGUUCGAAGAGGAAAUCCGAAAGUAUGAUGAGGUAAAGGAGGCGGUGAUGAUGAAUAUUUCUAGACAGUCCGAUGCUCUCUCUCGAUUGCGUUCGCUUCAAGAGAAAUUUGUCCAGAUUUACGACAUUGAAGGCUUGCGAAGAGAAACGCAGUCGCACGAACACAACAUUCGUCACGCACUCUCCGUCGUCGAGGACUUGCGCGGAGGCAUGGAGCAAGGAAUGCGAUUUUACACGGGUUUCCUCGAGGCUGCUCGUCGUACGUUGGCGGACGUUCAAGAUUACGCUAGUGCUCGUCGAAUGGAGAAGGAAGCGCUGGGGGAGGAGCUUCGGGCGGAAAAAGCACGUGCAGAACAAAUGGCCAUGCGCAUGAGUCAGAUGAAUGUUUCGCAGCAAGCUUAUUACCACGCUUCGCCACCGCCGCAGUACGCAUAUCCGUCCCCACAAUACGGGCAGCCCAGCGCGCCGCCUCCGCCCCCACCCCCACCGCCGCAUUACAACUCCGGUCCACAGUACCGCUCUGGUUACUGA